AUGGUUGUCAAGUCAUUCAAUAAUCACGUUCUCGAUGAGCUCUGCUCAAAGGAUCAACUAGAUCUUCUCGACUCAAUAGAUCGUCUCCGCUCCCAAGGCAUCGAUCAUUAUGUUUCUCUGCCACAAAUUAUUGUUUGCGGAGAUCAAUCCUCUGGUAAAAGUUCUGUACUCGAAGCCAUCUCAGGCGUCUCUUUCCCCGUGAAGAGUAAUCUAUGCACUCGGUUUCCGACUGAAUUAGUCCUUCGAAAAACACUGCAUGUUGGCGUCAGCGUGUCUAUUGUUCCGGAUCACUCUCACAACGAAACCGAGCGUGCCUCUCUCAGCAAUUUCCAUGAGACGCUUGACAGCUUUCAGGCGCUUCCCGACUUGAUUGAGUGUGCCAAGAAAGCAAUGGCCAUUGGUAGUUUCGGUCGGGCGUUCUCCAAGGAUCUCUUGCGCAUCGAGAUAUCUGGACCUGACCGUCCCCACCUCACAAUCGUGGACUUACCUGGUCUCAUCCAUUCUGAGACGAAGCAGCAAUCCGCGGCUGAUGUCGAGCUGGUACAAGAUGUAGUAAAGUCAUAUAUGAAGGAACCUAGGAGUAUCAUUCUAGCAGUUGUGUCUGCAAAGAACGACUACGCCAACCAGAUCGUACUCAAAUUGGCCCGAGCUGCGGAUGAAGCCGGAAAACGUACGCUUGGUGUGAUCACUAAGCCCGACACUUUGAUUCCAGGAUCCGACAGUGAGGCCAUGUACGUGUCGCUCGCCAAGAAUCUUGACGUAGAGUUUCGUCUUGGAUGGCACGUUCUCAGAAACAUGGACUCGGAGACCGGAGCCUGGUCACUCCCCAAACGUGAUGGGGAAGAGAAGCGGUUUUUCACUGAAGGCAUAUGGCGGACGCUGCCCCAAUCAAUUCUUGGCAUCGCGCCAUUGAGGGAGCGGCUGAGCAAACUACUCCUGGGCCAAAUUGCUAGCGAACUUCCAAGUCUUAUUGAUGAAAUUGAAAUCAAGUCUACCGCCUGUCGCACUCAACUGGAAAUACUUGGCCUUCCCCGAGCUACUGUCGAAGAACAACGCCAGUAUCUACUUAGCCUUGGCCAAGCCUUCCAGUCUCUGACCAAAGCGGCUGUCGAUGGAACAUAUAACGAUAAAUUCUUCGGCAAUGCUGCAAUCGACGCUGGCUACCAGAAACGCAUUCGUGCCAUCGUGCAGAAUCUGAACCAAUCGUUCUCCGAAAACAUGGCGCGCGAGGGCCACUACUAUACUCUAAUCGAUUCUCCUAAUGAUGCCAUAAGACAGGCCAGCCAAAAAAUCAGGGUCUUAACACGCACUCGCUUUCUCGACCGUAUCGAAGCACUGAUGAAGCGGACCCGAGGCCGGGAACUUCCCGGCACUUUUAAUCCGAUGAUAAUAACCGACCUCUUUCUUGAGCAAUCACGGCCCUGGGAUGCACUUGCCAAGAGUCACAUCGAACGAAUAGCACUGGCGGUGACCAAAUUCCUCACACACCUUGUUGCCCAUAUUGCGGACUCUUCGACGGGCGGCGCGCUGUUCCAGACGUUAAUCGAACCGGAGCUGGAGAACAUCGUUAAAAUCGCGAAGCGAAAAACGGCGGAUCUACUUGCUCAGCACCAGCAUGGGCAUCCGAUCACAUAUAAUCAUUACUUCACCGAGACGGUGCAGAAUAUCAAAAAAGAGAGGAGUAGGGCAGAGCUCACCUGUAUCAUCCAGGACGUCUUCAAAGUAACGUCACUGGGGCGAGAUGAACCAUCCGAGUGCUAUCACAGUCAUGAUUAUCGACCGCUGUUAGAGGCGCUUAUGGAGCACAACAACCCUGAUACGAAUCGCUAUGCGUGCUGCGAGGCCUUAGACUGCAUGCAAGCUUACUACAAGGUUGCAUUUAAACGCUUCGUUGAUGACGUCGCUGUUGAAGCCGUCGACACUCAUCUCAUCUCCAAAUUGGGUGACAUUCUCUCACCGACUAAAAUCGCGUAUCUUACUGCGGAAGUAGUCACGAGCGUCGCAGGCGAGUCCGACGAGGGCCUUGCAAAGCGUAGCCAGUUGACGAACCAGCUGGGUGUGCUGGUCCAGGGGUUAGAAACCUGCAAGAAGUUCGUCGUAGGGACAUUGCAUGAUACUCGUGAGGUAGCAAUCGUUUCGAAACGUCCUGGAACAUCUUCGACAGAUCUAUCGUUACCAUCCUCUAGCACGGCAUCUGCCGAAUCUAUCGCGAGCGUAGAGUUAGAGGAUGAGGAAGCCGCCUACACUGAAGCGCUAGAAUUAGACCAAGUGCUAGAGCCAUUGUCAGAACCAGAGGUCCUACCCGAUGAGUGUUAUGAUACGGCAAUUCCUGUUGCUGAGGCGGUCGCUGAGUGCAUGACGUUGGAUGAUGACUGUGAGACGCCGACACCAGCAGUAUCCACAAAGAAAAAGAAGGGCAAAAGGGCUUACUGA